AUGAGCUCCCGAGGCCGUGGAGGAAAUCGCGGAGGAGGAUCUGGUGAUCCGUCCUCCUCGAACACGCGAGGCGGCGGUGCAAGGGGUGGUGGAGCAGGCAAGAGGCCGAGGACCAGGGCAGUGACUCGCGGCGCCGAUGAUGGCUCCCACGACUCGCAAGAGUCGACAGACCGCGAGUCCGGCGAUGAGCAGACCGACGCUCUCGACCAACGACCAUCAUCCCCCCUUUCCGCCCCUCCUUUUACAGCCCCCUCUCCAUCCAACAAUGGGACCCAUUCCCGAACCCCGACGCCCGACCUCAAAAAUUCCGAUGACGAUGACGAAGAAGCUCAACCGGAGCAGCGUCACCGUCAAACUCAACAGGUGAGUCAAGGCGCCACAACGAGUGGCGCAGCCUCUGCAGGGAGAGCCCAACGAAGGCUCUCCGAUGAUCAACAAUCCCUUCAGAAUGAAGGGAUGGAUAGACAAUCGUCUAUGGCCCCCUCCAAUGACCCUCUCGUCGAAACCGUCGAGCAGAAAUUGAGGGCGGCUCGGAAAGUGGCUACCGGGUUGUCGGCGCUUCAUGCGUCCACAAGGGAAGCUUACUCCGACUAUGACGAGAAAACGCGUCGAUUCCUGCAAGAGCAGGGAGAGAUGCGCACUCGUAUAAUGGACGAGAGCCAGGCUAUCAUCGAUAACCUGGUGGAAAUUGAAACCGCCUUCGAGCAAGACGGGCGGUUUCGAUUUUCGGAACCUUUGGUAUCUGCCGAAUUGGCAGAUAUAUACUCUAAAAGCGGGACUCGAACACCUAGUAAAAGGGUCCCGCAUAGUAAUCCGAUGCCCUCAUCCUCAUCCAAUAAGGAUGCAGAGGCGCGAGUGGACAAAGGUAAGUCCAGAGCAAUUAUGACUCAACGGGAGACAUCAGAAGAUGUCAAUCCGUUUGAGAGACUAGAGGGUGAGUCCGACGCCGAUUACCGGCGAAGGACUGGACCUGUUCACGCUCGUGUGGAGCGUGAAGAACAAGAGGCCGCAGAACAGCAGCGACAGCUGGCUGAAGACGCGGCCGCUGAACAUCGCCGAGCUCAAGAAGAGCUCGAAGCACACAGGCUCGCAAGGCAACAAGCUGAGCGAGCCGGAGAGGCAACUGGGGAAGGAUCUAACGGUCCUUACAGACCUGAUCCCCAUCAGUGGCAGGGUGAACCUGAAGAAGAGUACCGUAUACGGGUACGUAACUUCAGGAGGAUUAAUGGCCCUGCUCCUCCUACGACCCCUACGCCUCUGCGUUCGAUAAUACGAACCCCAGUAACACGCCGGGAAGAGGUGAGGUUUGCUGACGGUCCUCGUUAUCAAGACGAGGACCCUGGACCCUCAAUCAGCGCACGAGUUCCAAAUACUGGAGCUAGUGCUUAUGCUGAUUCGGACUAUAUUCCCCCUUCGUCGUAUUCUGCUACCAGGCCAGUGCAGGCAGGUAGUGCAGCGUCUCAAGUGAGUACUUCGAGACCAGCAGGAUGGGAUCAUCAGGAUCAUGAGCUACAGCUCAUAAUCGAGAUGAUCCAUCAUCACCUCGACAAUGAAGUGACAAACUCCGCGGGAGUAGCGUUCGCAAAGAACCUCAAAAUUGAGGUCGCGCAAUACUCUGGAGCUGACGAUCCGGAUGGAUUUCAUACCUUUAUGAUGAAAUUCAUCCGCCAGCUCCGGAUGUACAAACUUUGUGGUCAGAGUGAUGAGAUGGAGCAAGAACGUAUUCUUGCUCUAGGGCAAGUCCUUAAGGGUACUGCGCAGACCUGGUUCAACCAGGAAUACGACAGUAUCAGGGGAUUUACCCGUCACCAAACAUUUGAGAGUAUGGUGAGCGCCUUAUACCGGCGCUUCAUCCAUACAUCAAGUGCUCGUGUUGCUAACGAGCAAUACGAGAACUGCAAGUGGUCAGCGAAAGACACGGUCGGAGGAUUCUACGACCGUCUGUUGACCGCAGCAGAACGUUUGAGGAGUAUGCCAGACGCAUACUCACUCAAAUGUAAGUUCUUUUAUCAACUGCCGUCGAAGUUACGCCGACAGGCGAUACUCCAGCAGAGGGUAACCCCCGAGGACUCCACAAUGGCGGAGCUCCUCGAUGCCGCUAAAUGGUGCGAGCGUGGAUACACACUCGCAUCCAACUUCGAAGCAGAAGAUGAGAGAAAAACGAAGACAAGGUCUUCAUCUCUCAAAAUUAUUAGCAGGGAUAAUAAUCCCUCUAAUAAUAGACCCUCCUCUAGUAGGCCGACGUCAAGGCCUACGAAUCACCAUAAUCCGUCGGGGUCAACCAGACCCCAAAGAGACCACACGAGGAGUAGGACCCCGAGGGACUCUAACCCACGGGACUCUACUCCACGUAGGACGGACUCUACUCCUCGUCCGGCUGCCUCUCGUCCUCAAGGAGGGCAAACACAACGGCCCAGCGACCCGAACGCGUGCUACAAUUGUGGCAAGCUGGGGCACUGGGGCAGAGAUUGCCCUCAGAAGGAUGACAAGGAUAAGCAAAGGGACGGGGCUAACAAAAAGCGCCGCUUAUAUGCGCAGCGUCCGGUCGAUGACCGAAGCAACGAUGAACAAGAGAAUGACCGUCCGACUGACGGUCAUGUCCCAAGAACUACAAAUGAGGACACUCUACCAGAGGGUACCCCAUUUGUCGAAUAUUCCGACUCGGAGAACGGUGCAGGAGACUACACCGACCGCUCUGGUGAUGAAGGAUCACCAGGCGAAGACACCUCCGAUGUGGAAACUGAUAGUGAUGAUGAUAACCCCCGAGUGGGAGCCAUGAGGCUCCGUGGGGGUUGUGGCGAGGAAACAGAGGCAAAUGUCUCUGAUUCUGCGAUAACUGUCGAUUCGUCAGACUCUGAAGGAGACGAGAACGACGAAACGGCGACGAUAGGGCAGUCAAUGAGACUGCGAGUAACUAAUCGUCGUUUCGACGAUUCUGAAGGCGAAUAUGACUUCGAAUCAGGCGAUUUUGUCGAAGCCCGCGUAGAGUUCGUGCCUGAUGGCGACACGAGCUUUAAUAGCGAAAUGGAGGUGGAGGAAUCACUCCAGCGCUCUGAGGGCGAGGAGUCUCCUCCUCCAAGUCGCGCUCCCACACCAGAACGCCCAAUGCGGUCGUUCGUGGUCGAGCAGGCUGACGACACAACGGACGGAACUGUCUCUUCAUUUGAAGGACAGCCUGGUAAUGUGCCGACCCUGGGUGAGGCAUACUCCCUCGGAUGGCAAAGUGCCCUGAGGAUGGCUCUCACGGUGAUUGAAGCCCAGAAGGAUGACAUGUCCGACCAAGAUGGUUUGGGCAUGUUAAUAAAGGAAGGAAUCAGUCGGGCAGCUCGAGAGGUCAACAACUUGUUGACUGAUGAGCCCCCGGUGGUAAACUUACCCCCUCCUCCUCCCGUUGGCAAUAAGCUCAACGAAAGGAGUAGCAAGGUUGCCGAUUCUAUCCUCCGCGAGCGUCGCAGGCAGAAGAAGCGACGUCAGCGCCAGAAUAGGAAUGAGCGGCUGCAUACCGCUGAAGAUUUGCUGGCAGAAGUAGCAGCGGAGGUUGCUGCUACGAACAGCGAAUCUCACGAGCAGCCCUCAGUAUCUAUGAUGGCGAUGAACCCCUCGCGUGAGCGCACCAACAAGGAGGAAUACCGUCCUACGUGGGUGUAUGACGCCAAGAUCGUCAAGAGUGGCAAACAACCAGUACGAGGCAAACGCGAGGCCAUCGUACUGGCUGUAGAAAUCGAUAUCGCAGGGUUGAAGUGCUACACGCUCUUCGACUCUGGGAGUACGACCAACGCCAUCAGUCCUGAUGUUGCAGUUGUGUCGAAGACCCCACUUGUCGAGCUGGAUGAGCCAAUGACUCUCCAACUGGGUACAGUUGGCAGUAAGUCGACCAUAAACUAUGGUACGCAUGCCUUGGCCAAGAUGGGUACCUCCUCAUUUGAGGCGUAUUAUGAUGUCGCUAACAUCGACUAUUAUGAUGCGAUUCUGGGAACCCCGUUCCUACUGCAGCACAAAGUCAUACUUGACUUUGGCAAAAAAGCAGUAGAAAUUGACGGCCAGACUUACCCGGCAUUGACUCUCGAACAAGAGAGGGUCGUGCGUCGUCAGCGACGUACGUUCCGCCGUCAAGUUGACGAGGCCGCAUUGUACGCCCGGGAUAAACCCCCGGUGGCACGCGUACACACCAUGAAGGAUGUUAAUAAACAUCCUCAAUCUCUAUCAACCGAGGAGAUUCUAGCGUCCGAUGUGGCCGCCCCGCCUACUGUCCCUCCUCCGUCUGUCUCUCCUCCUCAGCAUCGCGUUUUCGGGAACCGAAAUGUGAGCGUUGAGGAGGUUCCGGAUGAGGAAUGA